GCUCCUCUUCAGACCUUCUACAUGCACUUCCUGCUGUUUUCCGCUUUACGCUGCUCCACAUCCUCUGGCGCAUGCAGAGCCGAAUUCAAUUUUGCGCCAGUUUCACGGACGCUUUUUGUCAAAAGUGAAAAAUAAACUUCACAUUUCUGCUCGUUUUCCUAUAGAAGAUAUCGAGGUGUUUAGUAUUCUCCUGCUUCUGCGUCUUCUGUUCUUCGAGUUUCCCCUUCUCGUACCCCACUGCUCUCCGUCUCCUCCGGCUUUCGUCCGUCCUCUCCGCUCUCAGAAGAGUUUCCUUUUCCUUUUGUCGGCGUUUCCUCACCGAAAUGGGGGAUUCGCCUUCUCCCGAUCCCCCCGAGACGUUUCGGGUGACAGUGGAGUUCUGCGGAGGUUUAGAGCAGCUCACGAAGGCGAAAGCAAAGACGCUUGCUCUCAAGUUUUCUGCUUCCUCGCGGCGCGGCUGCUCUGCAGGGUCUGAAGGAGGGUGCGGGACAAAUGGCCGAGCGGCCACAGUGAAGAUGUAUCAGCUGGUUUCUUUCCUAAGUUCGUAUGUAGUUGUCGAAAAGCCUGAACUGUUUGCCGAGGCGUACGAGCCUGCCGCUUCUGAGGAGGAGGGCGAGGCGAGGCAGAUGUAUGAAGAAGAGAGAAGAGAACUCGCGAAAGAGACGCAGGAAACACAACUGCUGUUCUCCAGUGACCUUCUGCUCUCGACGACGCUGUCGCCGAUGCGAAUCAAGCCAGGCAUUCUCGCUCUCGUAGACGAUGUCGACGUCGAAGUUCUUGGAGGCAUGGAGGCUCCUGUUCCACCUGGAAGCUGUGUUACUUUCAUCUCCACUCUACACGGUGGAUAAACUCACUUUUCCACUCUCGGACUCCUCUCAGAGAGAUAUGCACCGCAGACACACAUAUCUCAAAGUUGCAUU